AUGUCAUGGCGCCUCGCGCCGUCACAGCCUUACAGCCUUGGCAGGUGUUGUGUGUCUUUUUGUCUCUUCUUUGAGCUAGACGCCUGGCUAGAGCAAAUCGUGUCGAUGGUGGUCAAGCUAGGCAAGCAGGCUACGUUCAUCCCCAUGGGACAGUCAGGCACAAAAGCACGUUAA